UCAGCUAACCCAGGCCGAGUCAGUGUCAGUCAGGGAGCCGGAGUGCUGAACCGUGUGUGCGGACGCUCCGCUGCAGUCUCGCCCAGGGGCCGGUGCCUGCGCUCGCGCCGCCGGGUAGGAAGGAUGAAGCCGCAGCUGGAGCAGCCACCCUAUGAUUGGUUGUGGCUCUUGUGAACCCGAAGUAAAGAUGGCGGGCGGGCAGGCAGCCGCCGCACUGCCCACUUGGAAGAUGGCGGCGCGCCGCAGCCUUAGCGCCCGCGGCCGGGGGGUCCUGCAGGCGCCGGACAGCGGCCCCCAGCGCUGCGGCAUCCGCACCUCCGAUAUCAUCAUCUUGCCCCACAUCAUUCUCAACCGCCGUACAUCGGGCAUCAUUGAGAUCGAGAUCAAACCGCUGCGCAAGAUGGAGAAGAGCAAGUCCUAUUACCUGUGCACAUCGCUCUCCACCCCAGCCCUGGGCGCCGGCGGCCCGGGGUCCGCGAGUGGUGCCGUCGGGGGCAAGGGCGGCUCGGGGGUGGCCGGGCUCCCGCCACCCCCGUGGGCCGAGACCACCUGGAUUUAUCACGACGGCGAGGACACCAAGAUGAUCGUGGGCGAGGAGAAGAAGUUUCUGCUGCCCUUCUGGCUGCAGGUGAUCUUCAUUUCGCUGCUCCUGUGCUUGUCGGGCAUGUUCAGCGGCCUCAACCUGGGGCUGAUGGCCCUGGACCCGAUGGAGCUGCGCAUCGUGCAGAACUGCGGCACCGAGAAGGAGAAGAAUUACGCCAAGCGCAUCGAGCCCGUGCGCAGGCAGGGCAACUACCUGCUGUGCUCGCUGCUGCUGGGCAACGUGCUGGUCAACACCACGCUCACCAUCCUGCUCGACGACAUCGCCGGCUCCGGCCUCGUGGCGGUGGUGGUCUCCACCAUCGGCAUCGUCAUCUUCGGGGAGAUCGUGCCCCAGGCCAUCUGCUCCCGGCACGGCCUGGCUGUAGGGGCCAACACCAUCUUCCUCACCAAGUUUUUCAUGAUGAUGACCUUCCCCGCUUCUUACCCGGUUAGCAAGCUGCUGGACUGCGUCCUGGGCCAGGAGAUAGGCACUGUCUACAACCGGGAAAAACUGCUGGAGAUGCUCCGGGUCACCGACCCCUACAACGACCUCGUUAAGGAGGAGCUGAACAUCAUCCAAGGGGCGCUGGAGCUCCGCACCAAGACAGUGGAGGACGUGAUGACUCCGCUCCGGGACUGCUUCAUGAUCACCGGCGAAGCCAUUCUGGACUUCAACACCAUGUCGGAGAUCAUGGAGAGUGGCUACACUCGUAUUCCAGUAUUUGAGGGGGAGCGCUCCAACAUCGUGGACCUCCUCUUUGUCAAAGACUUGGCCUUCGUGGAUCCAGAUGACUGUACUCCCCUGAAAACCAUCACUAAAUUUUAUAACCACCCCUUGCACUUUGUUUUCAAUGACACCAAGUUGGACGCUAUGCUGGAGGAAUUUAAGAAAGGUAAAUCUCACCUGGCUAUUGUACAGCGAGUAAACAAUGAGGGAGAAGGGGACCCGUUUUAUGAAGUUCUGGGAAUUGUCACAUUAGAAGAUGUGAUUGAAGAAAUCAUCAAAUCUGAGAUUCUAGAUGAAACAGAUUUAUACACUGAUAACAGAACGAAAAAGAAAGUGGCCCAUCGUGAAAGAAAGCAAGAUUUUUCUGCCUUUAAGCAGACAGACAGCGAGAUGAAGGUUAAAAUAUCACCACAGCUUCUCUUGGCCAUGCACCGUUUCCUAGCAACAGAAGUAGAAGCAUUUAGCCCAUCCCAGAUGUCAGAGAAGAUCCUUCUAAGGCUGCUAAAGCACCCCAAUGUCAUCCAGGAACUGAAGUAUGAUGAGAAGAACAAGAAAGCCCCAGAAUACUACCUCUACCAGCGAAACAAACCUGUAGACUACUUCGUUCUCAUUUUGCAGGGGAAGGUGGAAGUAGAAGCCGGGAAAGAAGGGAUGAAGUUUGAAGCCAGUGCUUUCUCCUACUACGGUGUGAUGGCCCUCACGGCCUCUCCAGUUCCUCUGUCCCUGUCUCGUACCUUUGUUGUCAGCAGAACAGAGUUGUUAGCAGCAGGUUCUCCAGGUGAAAACAAGUCGCCUCCUCGCCCAUGUGGCUUGAAUCACUCAGACUCUCUCAGCCGAAGUGACCGGAUUGAUGCGAUAACGCCGACCCUGGGGAGCAGCAACAAUCAGCUCAACUCCUCUUUCCUGCAAGUCUACAUCCCCGACUACUCAGUGCGAGCCCUUUCUGACCUUCAGUUUGUUAAGAUCUCCAGACAGCAAUACCAAAAUGCCCUGAUGGCAUCCCGGAUGGACAAAACCCCUCAGUCUUCAGACAGUGAAAACACUAAAAUUGAAUUGACUCUUACGGAGCUGCACGACGGGUUACCGGACGAGACCGCCAACCUGCUCACUGAACAGAACUGUGUGACGCACAACAAGGCCAAUCACAGCCUGCACGGCGAAGGUGCCAUCUAGGGCGCCCCCCGCCGCCCCCCGCCCCCACUCCCGAGGCCGCCAGGCCAGCUGACCGUGAAUCCCAUUAGCGUGAGCUUGUGUGCCGUGCUGCGUCCUGCAACAUCCUGAGACCAAAGACUUUGUCCCCUUUCCUGGAAGCAGCAGAGGAGGACGAUGAGGGCAGGACUGGAGACGAGGCUGGAGGUCAACAGCCAGGGCCUGGCGUGCGAGACGGUGGAGACGCGCCUCCGCCGCCCAGAUAGCAUCAUGUUUAUUUUUUCAGUUGUACCUUCUAUCUUUAUUCACUCUCCUCCUUCCUCAGUUUGCAUGAAGUUGAAAAUUGUGGCGGUCUAAUACUAUUUUUCCCCAAGAGAUCAUGUUUUUAAAAAGUGUCUCUUGCAGAGUUUUACGUUGUUGUGUCCGAACUCUGCUGUGACUCCAUGAUGUGACCCGCACAAAAUGGACUUGCGGCUCAGCCCUCAUGGGGAGGGGCGCGCUUCCCCUGCGCCCAGCGGGUGUCGCUGUGGAACUUGAAGGACGAAUGAAGAAACGGGUGGAUGCCAACCCGCCACGUCUGUCCCACUGUGGGGUGGAGCCUGCGCGGGGGGCCUGCAGCCGCCUCUGUGAGCUCAGUGUUGUUUUUAAGUUAAUGUUUAACCGUGUCCCUUUCCCUCAGAAAGGUUUAACAUAUGCUUGGAAUGUGAUUUUGCUCCUACUCUAAGGAAUUUUUAUCACCAAAAUGAAUGUUAAUGAAUUUUAAACCCAUGGUUUAUCAUUGGCAAGAGGCAAGGUGACUUCAUCCUGACUUUCCUACCGCCCGGACUCUCCGGCCCGGCCAGGCCUGCCCCCCGCUUACAGAGCGCCGCCGCCCGCCUCCCUGUCCUCACCCUUGUCAACCCAAGAUGCUGCUGCUCAGAUGCCAAAUGGAAACCUUCCACGGGGCUUUUUGAGUAAACACGUGGUGUGGAGUUCAAGCUCCUCCCCUUCCCACCGGGACCCGUGUCAUGGUCAGAAAAGGAGUCGGGCCUUCCAGCCGGGCCGGGAGGGCACUUCUAGACCCGUGUGUUUAAAGGAGGCAACUUGAGGGGCUGCCAGUCCCCGCCCCUCCUCCCCCUCCGUCCCUGGGCCCCUGGGGCUGGGCAGUGGCUGUGCCCCUUGCCCGAGGACCUCUGUGUCUCCCACCUCAGAUGUGGCCCACACCAGAGAGGCUGCUUGCACAGCCAGGGUCAGUGUGGCCCCAAACAGGGAUUUGGAAACCAAAUGUGUGCUGUGGCCAUUUCAUGUGUGUCUCUGCCUUAUUUUAAUGCCAAGUUCAUCGCAUGUAGUGAAAUUAACGUCAGGAGGUAUUUCUGGAGUGACUGGAUUCUUAACUAUCUUAUCUGUUUUAAGUGUCACCCGAGGGCUGUGUGCAUGUUGGUGGCAGCGCUCGCCUGCUGAGCUGAGGCCACACUGAGCGCAGUGCUCAUGGAGGGUUGCCACUCCGUGCUGCCUCUAGUCACUAGCCGAGAAGAUAGCGUUUUGUCCGCUGGCUCUCAGUGAACGAAGGGAAGCCCCAGGCCAAGCGGCACUUGCCUUCUCCCUCCUAAAGGUAGGAAUGUGGCCCCCAGGGUGGGCUCCGGGGAGGAUGGGAGCUGUGGUUGUGCAAUAGCCGGCACCCUGCUGGGCUUGGCUCCUGGUGAGCAGUUUGGGGGCUCUGGCGUCGUGGGCACAUUUACCGCAGUGUUUCCUCUGGGAUGUCAGUCCUGGAGAGUCUUCCUCAGCAGGUGCCAUGUCCCUUCGUUAAGGAAAUACUGACUUGACCUCGGCAGAACAUCACAGGGGUGGCCCCAGAAUGGGGCUCAGUGACCCGCUGCUGGCACCCAACCUGCUGCCGUGGGAUGGAGCCCCCACUCCAGCUUGUUAGUGGACCCUGCACUGCCAGUGUUCCCUUUUAUAAACAAAUCCAUCCAAGUUCAAAGGUCUCUAUUUCUUAAGAGGCAGCUGAUUACAGCCCCAGUGUGGUGUGGAAACUGGGACUGUCCGUGGGGUGCACAGAAAUGAGAGUUCCCCAUAAGGAAGUAAAACCUGGGUCUUGCGUGGGGGUGGGUGGUGACCCCCCCCAACUCCCCAACAACCACGCCACCCAUCCUCUGGGCCAGGACAGCACUUGCCUUCUUGGUGGUUUGGUGGAGCCUGGCCUGCCACGCUGUGGCCCCUCUGGCUUUCAGGAUCUCUGCCCCCUCAGUCUCUGCUGACUGAUUUGCUUUUCCACACGUGGCCCGUCUCAAGGUGCCUUGCUACUGGAAGGAGCUUCUGGAAUCCGAGUUAAUGUGUUGGAUCUUUUUGCCCCACUGCUCCUGUGUGAACCCUAAUGCUCUGAGAGAGUCCGGGGAACACAGAGGGGAUUCCAGCCGCCAGCUCCUUGACUUGAGAGAGAAAUGGAACUCCUCAGCACCGUCAUCCCUGCUCAGUGUGGCGGCUGCUUGUAAAAUCCUCUGGAAGGUGCUGCCGGGGGUAGCUUUGCAGCAGGGGCUUCUCGAGGAUGAAAUUUUAGCCUCCCAAGUUUGUAUUUAUUUUCCAUAAGCCACUCUUUACCUUUGAUUAUUCACAUUAUUCUGUAACAACAGGGAAUCCAAAAUAAUUCCUGGCUGCAGUUCCAUCUGCUCUGGGGAAACCUCAAGACCCUGCCAGUGACACUCAGCGUCUUGAGCGAUCAGAUUCCCCUUCCAGGCCCCACUUUCCCUCUGGAAACUUAUUUGAGGCUGUUGAAGGAGAAAUGCUGGCUCCAUUGCUUCUCUGGGCAGCAGGAUGAUCAUGGCUUCGAAGUUCUAUGCAAUGAUGUCUAUAAAGUAAAUGGGUGUCGGGCAGAGAAAGACCACCAAAUACUUGAGAUCCCCACGUGCUGUAGUCAGUUCUUAGCACCACCGGUAGAUCAUCCUUUCCUAGGGCUGUUGGCUCUGUACGUGUGGACGGGAGUGGGCUGUGGAGCGGACACAGGUCCUGGUGUCCUAGCUGCUGCUGGAGUCCUCAUUGUCAGAUCCAAGGCCUCUCUGUAGUGGCUUCCGUGGCCCCUACUUCGGGCCCUGGCUCUGUGGGACCAGACAGGGCCUCCUCCUGUUCCGAGCCACUGUGGCAUCUCACACGUCCCGUCUGAAUCUGGAUCCCUAGUAUCCAGGUGUUCCUAGGAUCAUCUGCUUGGACUUUAUACAUGAGAGGAUUGUGUUUGUGUGUGUGUGUGUGUGUGUGUGUGUGUGUGUGUGUGUGUGUGUGUGUGUGUGUGUGUGUGUGUGUGUGUAUGUGUGUGUGUAUGUGUGUGUGUGGGAGGGGUUUCCCCCUCCUGCCUUACAGGUUCUUUCCCUUCAUUCCUCUCUGUUCCAUAUUCAUUAGGCAAGUCCAAAAUCCUAUAUUUAAACUUUCAGGAAAACAGAACAUUAUGAUUCAUACAUGGAUAUUGGGAUGGUAGCCAACUAGUUUAAUUAAGCCUUGGUUCUUAUGUCAUUUACAUUCCAAAGGGCAUCCUACUUAACUCUGUUCUUUCCUCCUGCCUCACCUCACUUACAGAAGAGAGCUCAGCCCCAGUGCUGACAUGGUUGGCUUCUCUGAAGGGGAGGAAAUUAGGGCAUCUUGGCAUUAUCUAAUGUUACUUUAAGGAACUUCUGUGCCAAGGUUGAAUGCAGAACUUCCCAUUAAUGUGGAACAUAAACUGUGAAUAUAUUUACCUGUACUGUCCCCAGCACCUUAGGACUAAAGGACCAGCUUUUCCAACCUAGGAAAUCAGUGGUAGAUACAAGGAGGAUUGCAUUUUAUGUAGGGAUGGAAGUUAACAGGACUCUGGGCUAAGCGGGGACUGUGAACUUCUGCCCUUCAUUCUCUCAAGUGGUAGAGCAGACCUGACUAGGCCCUCACUGCCCUGGCUGGUCAGAAAUAAGAACAAACCCCAACCCAACAUCUGAAAAACAGCCAGGGAGGAUCUGUGGCCCUCUUUACCUUUCCUGGCCCAGGAGCCCAAGAUUCCUCCUGUGUUUUCCAGGGGUGAUCCCCAACAAAGGAAGGGUGCUCACGAAACAAGCUGCUGGGGAGGGCUGGCUUGGUGUACCCCGCACGACCCAAGUUCUCUGGUGCAUGGGCAGCAGGAACAACUCCCAUCACUUUUGACCCCAGGGUGGAUUUUUCUUGCAGGAGGUUGACUGAGCCAGCAGUUCAGGGCGCAGAGGCUUCUGGGGGUACAAGUGCUCCGUUUGUGAAGACACAGUUCCUGGGUCAGGUUUGGUUCUACUCUAGGCUCUGGGUUAGUGGUGCUUCUGUCCCGCAAGGAAGGACAUCUGGGUGAGUUACAGGUUAAUCCCGAAUUAGGAGAGAUUUAGGGAACUCAGUAGGAGCGUGGGUUAGGGUGAUUCAGAAACUUUACAGUGUGAAUUUAUCAAGGAGCAACGUACUCAGUGGAUUUUUAUUAUCUCAGGGCCAUUUACAAAUCUUUGUCUUUUCGUAUUUCUUUUGUAUUCAAGUGGGCUGAUAAGAGAGAUGAGUUCAGAGAACUCUAAGAUGAGGUUCAUUUGCCUCAUUUGAGGGUGAGUGGUACACCCAUGCCAAGCCUGCUGAUGUCACUGUCCCUCAAGGCUGCGGCAGUGGGCCUUUUUCCUCUACUGCCUGCAGACAUUCUCCCGGCAGUGACUGCUUACUUGCUGGUUUUCCUUCUGCCCUGUCUGAAGGCUCCAGGGCCCCUGGUCAGCCCUCAGGACAGAAGGAGACAACAGUGAUUCGCAGCAACUGCAGAGCUUGGAGCUUUCCUCGUGCCAUCAUGCCAUCAUGGGCCGGGUACUUUCUUAGCUUCUUAGAUCUUGUGGUUGGCUCAGUUUAAGCAAGCUUUCUGUCUGCGUAUGCUAGAGCCACUGACAUAAUUUCACUAGAAUCGUUGUAACUAUCUUUUGAUGGGAAAUACCAGGCUGUGCUUGAAGCAAUAAGGGAACAAAAGUUCCAGUAGCAAGAAAGCAGAGUUCUAGGAAUCUGUAUACCAAGGUUUUUAUGUACACAGCUCCAACACAUACUAUCAGAAAGGCUUGAAUGAGUACACAUCUUUGAGUUUGAAUACCUGCUGAGGUAUUAAACAUAAACUGGAAGAAUGGCUGGCAGGGUCUCUUCUGGCAUUUGCCCCAGCUGACCAACUUGGAGUCACUUGGGAAGUGAUUCUUUUGGGGCCAGAUUCUUCUUCAGGUUCACCCUGGAGAGAAUUAUUACAUGGACCUGAUGGGCCUUGGGUGCCUUCCCUUUUUGUUGGAGGCCCGGGCCCCUUGGUAUACACUGCUGGUCUCAGGCUCCCAGAGCAGAAGGGAGUGGGAAAGAAUAAGGUCUCAGGACUUUGAUUCCCCAGAGAGCCCCAUCUUAGCUUCUGAUUCAUUAUUCCGUGUCUGGAGUCUACUGUGAAGGUGGAGUAUAUCAGUCCAUUGACUUCUUGUUUCUCGAGUCCUUUAAAUCUACAAAUGUAUAUGCUUUAUUUAAUAUUAUUAUUUAUUAUGUACAUAUGCUUCUACUGUUAGUACAUUGUCUGUGACUAAGACGAGAUAUUUCCUAGAGCCCCUCUUCCAUGGAGCCUAGGGUUCUGUUGUCCCUUAAAGUCAGUGAGAAGGCAGUGGUUUCUGUUUUUGCCAUAAAGAGGUUGUUGCUCUUACGUUGACCCUAGCAUCCCUGGCCCCUUUGGUUGGGCCCAGCACUCCUCCUGAUGGACUAGUGUCUGGGAUAAGGAUGGAGGCAGGGCUCCCAAGUACCUCCAGGAAAUACUUCAGAGGUUGUCUCUUGGUGACGGGGUCUAUUCUGUACACAAUGGUACAUCAUGGCUGUGAGCCCAGAACCUCCUUCCUCACUCCCAGCCUCUCAUCCAGGUUGGCAUACUGGCCAUUUCCCACCUUGGAUUGCAGAAUCCAUCUCUCUGGACCAUGGUACCUGCCUGCCCAUCUGGGCUUCUAAUAUGCCUUUUCUUGGCUUUGAGGCCCAGUGCCAGCAUUGCCUUGGCCCUCAAGUAAGACCCUGCUUUGUGUCAGAUUUUCAUCCUCCUCAGCCUUUACUGUCAUAGUGUACACUUCAUGCUUUUCAGCGGUGAAGUUUCCCGAGCACAGUAUUCAGAGCUGUGUACAUAAACCUAAAGCAGCACAAAUGACAUGUAUAGGUUUCAUGAGCUGAUUGUCAUAAUGAAUGCAUUUUAUAAUUCAAAUGAUGUUGUAGAUUUACAAUCUCUCCUAUUUAUUUUGUAUCAAUUUAUUUGUAAAUUUUGUGAUUGUUUUAAAAGGUUUUUGUUCAUUUCUAUUAUUCUAUUUAGAUAAAUGAUGAUUUUCUGUUCA